GAAAUGCAAAGUUCAACAAUAUUGAAAUAUUUUUCCAAGGAGAAAGAAGGUGCCGAUGAGAAAGAGAUUGGAAGUACUAAAGUAAUGGAGGAAGGAUCUCAGGAUUUAAAGCGUUUGUCCAAAGACUUCAAAAGAGCUCUCGAAAACCUGCGUUUCACUGACGUGACUCUGAGAGUGGGUGACGAUGAAUUUCCGGCUCAUAAAAUGGUCCUCAUGAGUCGGUCUGAGGUGUUUGAAAGAAUGUUUGACUCUGAUAUGAAGGAAAAUAGAGAAAACGUCGUGGAUUUGGUGGAUGUGAAUGCAUCCUCCAUUAAAGACAUGCUCUUUUAUAUGUAUACGGGAAAGACAGAGAAACUGUCAGUGGAUCGGGCCAUGGAUCUUUAUGUGGCCGCCGACAGAUAUGCUACUUCGGGAUUGAAGGAGGUCUGUAAAAAAAUCAUUUUGAAACUAAUUGACGAAAGUAGUGUUUGUAAUGUUGCUGUUUUGGCUGAUUUGUACAGCGACGAAAAACUUCGCGAGGCUGUGAAAUUGGUGCUUAAAAAGAAUCCGAAUAAUAUCUUCCAAAGUCAGAAAUGGAGAGAUUUUGCAAAAGAAAGACCAGCUCUUUAUUCGGAACUGAUGGAAAGCACAAUGUUGGAUCUAAGCAAAGAAAGGGUGCUUAAACCCACCUAUGCACCACCCCCCAGCUCUCCCAACUACGAAUACUCCCCAGUUAAACGGGACUUCUGUGAUUCUGACAGUGACUAUUAAAAAUAAGUGGUCGAAAAUAAUGUAAGAUAUUUGUGAUAAAAAUGUUUUUAAGUUUUAUACUUAGUGUAGUAGAUUUCAAAAUAGCUUUUAUCUUGGAAGU